CCACUUGUAGUUGCCGGGCACGCACGCGCACUUGCUGGCUUGUUUUGACAGCUUUGGCCGAGUGGGAUGGGAGGGAGUAGGAGGUGUCGCGAGAGUUGGCCUCACACUGCCUUGUGGGUGGUAUAACUAUGGCGAGCAUGGGCGUCGAUGCUGAGCAGGAGCCGCUCUUAGGCGACCUCACACCCGGAAGCAGAGAAUGGGAUAUUAUAGAAACUGAAGAGCAUUAUAAAAGCCGAUGGAUAUCUAUUAGGAUUCUGUAUCUUACCAUGUUUCUCAGCAGUGUUGGAUUUUCUAUUGUGAUAAUGUCAAUAUGGCCAUAUCUCCAAAAGAUUGAUCAGACAGCUGAUGCAAGUUUUUUGGGCUGGGUUAUUGCUUCAUUUAGUCUUGGCCAAAUGGUAGCUUCACCUAUAUUUGGUUUGUGGUCUAAUUAUAGACCAAGAAAAGAACCUCUUAUUGUCUCCAUCUUCAUUUCGGUCACGGCUAACUGCCUCUAUGCAUAUGUCCACGUUCCAGCUUCUCAUAAUAAAUACUACAUGUUGAUUGCUCGUGGAUUGGUGGGAUUUGGAGCAGGAAAUGUGGCAGUUAUUAGAUCAUAUAUUUCUGGUGCUACUUGCCUUCAGGAAAGAACAAGUUCCAUGGCAAACGCUAGUGCAUGUCAAGCAUUAGGUUUUAUUCUAGGUCCAGUUUUUCAGACUUGUUUUGCUCUCAUUGGAGAAAAGGGCGUGACGUGGGAUACCAUUAAACUGCAGAUAAACAUGUACACAGCACCAGUUUUAAUUGGCGCGUUCCUGGGAGUUUUAAAUAUUAUUCUGAUCCUUGUUCUGUUAAGAGAACAUCGUGUGGAUGACUCAGGACGACAGUGUAAAAAUGUUAAUUUUGAAGAAGCAAGUACAGAUGAAGCUCAGGUUCCCCAAGGAAAUAUUGAUCAAGUUGCCGUUGUGGCCACCAAUGUUCUGUUUUUUGUGGUUCUAUUUAUCUUUGCCCUUUUUGAAACAAUCGUUACUCCAUUAACAAUGGAUAUGUAUGCCUGGACUAGAGAACAAGCUGUAUUAUAUAAUGGAAUAAUACUUGCUGUCCUUGGAGUUGAGUCGGUUAUUAUUUUCAUGGGGGUUAAAUUACUUUCCAAGAAGAUUGGCGAGCGUGCUAUUCUACUGGGAGGACUCAUCGUUGUAUGGGUUGGCUUCUUUAUCUUGUUACCUUGGGGAAAUCAGUUUCCCAAAAUACAGUGGGAAGAUUUACAUAAUAAUUCAAUUCCUAAUACAUUUGGGGAAAUCAUUAUUGCUUUUUGGAAAUCUCCAAGAGAAGAUCACAAUGAAGAACCAACUGGUUGCCCAAUUGAGCAAGCCUGGUGCUUGUAUAUCCCCAUGAUCCAUCUGGCACAGUUCCUCACAUCAGCUGCGCUGAUUGGAGUAGGCUAUCCAUCCUGUAAUGUUAUGUCCUAUACGUUAUAUUCAAAAAUUCUGGGACCAAAACCUCAGGGUGUGUACAUGGGCUGGUUAACAGCUUCUGGAAGUGCUGCACGGAUUCUUGGACCCGUAUUCAUCAGCCAGCUGUACACUUCCUGGGGCCCACGAUGGGCAUUCAGCCUCGUGUGUGGAGUAGUGGUACUUACCAUCCUGCUCCUGCUUGUGGUUUACAAAAGACUUGUUGCUUUUUCUGUAAGGCAUGGAAGGAUUCAAGAGUAACGUACUAACCUUGUGAUGGAAAGUACUUGUCGUAUGGGGCGUCUUCUUCCAAGGCUCUCCUGGAUCAUUGUUAUGAGUCAGUUUCCAAAAGUCAGGCUGCAAGUAUUGUAUAUUUUGAGUAACAGGAACAUAUAUUGAAUAAUACAGGGAACUGUAUGUAUUAUUGUGAAUAGUAAGAUAAUAUAAAAACACUCUGGUUCAUAAUUUCCUUAUUUCAAAAAAUAUGCUAUUAUAACAUCUCUUCUGGGGUUGCAUGAACUCAUGAGUGAAUGGAUAAUGGUUUAUAAAUACGAAGUUUUACUCAUAACCCAGACUGCAGGGGUGUCAUUAAAAUAAUGAGAAAAUAUGCAGUGAAACCAUGAGGAGAGUUCUGUAUGAAUUACCCAUAACAAAAAAAAUGAAAUCAUAGAAAUUACCUAAAUAGAAGUACCUCUAUUUGAAGAUACCUACUUUUUAUUUCUUAAUAAAAAUCAUCAUUCUUAAAUUUUCUAUUUACCAUGGCCUGCCAUUCUAGUUGACAUUUUAUAAGCCAUUAUUUUUAAUACUAUACCUUUGUCCUAUUUUAGUUCAGGAUCUCACUAAGUAUUAACCCCUAACUUAAUAGGUAAGCACAAAUAAUACUAAUAUUUGAGCAAUAAAGAGGAUUAAGAGAUCAAGAUGAAUUACACUACCUUUAAUAGGACUAAUUACAAUUUUCUUUCAAGUACUAAUAAUAACUCACUUUAGAAGCAAGCCAAGUGUGUUACUGUAUAUAUAUACUGAACAGCAGACUGUUUAUUAAAAUUAUUGGCAUUUUUCAAC